CCAGCCUGUAGACUCUAUUAUUAUGUGUGCAUGUGGUAACUGCAACGAGUGCAGUUAGAUUCCACAGUGAUUCCGGUCAAAUUCUAUGUAUGCUGAUCACUUGAUAGAAGUUGAUGGCGACUGUACGUUACUUGGACCGGAAAUUGCUCCGGAACAUCAUUCGUCACACGGAGACGCACAAUCGGCUGCAGGAGGAAGACGAGAUGUGGCGUGGUAAAGCUCAGGAGGCAUUCGGCUGGAGGGACCGUCCUUUCUCUUCACGACGUAGGAGAGGGCGCAAGCUCAAUCGCGAAAGGUUUGAUGGACAGAUGGAUCGACUCCAGCGAAUGAACCCAGAUACAAGAAGCCCUCAAGAUCGCUGGAACUGGAACGGUGAGCGCAACAGGGACAUCUACCGGACGGAGCUCGGAAACCAUGAAAGGUGGGGUCACACUGGUUUUAUGGAGCUGUAUCCAGAGGAGUUCAUCAAUAAAGACUCCAUGGAUGAAAUGAGCAACGAAGAUGAUAAAGAGGACAAAAGGAAGAAGAUGAAAAGGAAACACAAGAGGAAACGUGAAUCCCAGCAGGACUUGUCUUCCAACAAGCGGCGCAAAGACACAGAAAGCUGGAGCUCGUCUUCCGAGUCAGAUAUUUCCUCCGCAUCAUCCGACGAGCAACAAGUAAAAACCUCCGCAGCCGUAAAAAGGACUCACCGCUCCCAACACAGAGAACAGUCUGAGCACCGCCGUAAACACAGAAGGGCGUCCUCUAUUGACGGGUCUGCCAGCAGGAACCACCAGCAUGCCAAAGGGAAAGAUGACACAAGUUACCACAAGAGGGCAACCUUCAGAAGCUCUGAAAAGUCUAACCAACGGUUGAGGCAUAGCGACAAGAUGGAAGGGGGUAAAAAAAGAGCCAGCGUGGACAGGAAAAGAGAAAGGCGACACAAGGACGAGAAGGUGAAUGGCCACAGAAGCAAAGACAGAAUACAUACAAGUCCAGAUUCUCAAAAGACACGUGGUGCCGACAACGGGCAGCACCGGAAGAGAACAGUUGAUUGCGAGAUGGAGCAUAAAGAGGACCGAGAUGAAACAAGAGAAAAAAGGCGUCGCAAGGAACUCACGAAGGCUUCAAGCAGCAGUCGGGCCGAGAGAAGAGAUAGGUCAGAGGAGCAAGAUCAUAGUAACAGUCACCGUCACAAGUCUUCUAGAAAAGCCAAGAAGCGACAUCAAGGGAAAAAAGACACCAAACACGGCAGACGAAAAUGAUUGCUCUUAGAGUAACUGAUAGUUAUUGGGUGGACUUUCCCUCAAAGACUCUUUUUUUUGGAAGCUGAAGCGUGCAGUAAGCAUCUUCCUUCCUGACAUGCCUGAGAACAUUUGUGUGAGCCUCCAAAAGAGUAUUGCAACUUCAUGUUUGACUGUGUAGUAGAACCAGAGUUGCUGUACCAGGACAUAUCGUCACUUUUUCAUUGAGGGAUGGACAUGUCCAAUGAGUGAAAUUAUUUCGGUUUCGAGAUUUUUGCUUUUUUUUGCUUUAAAAACAUCGCUCUCAACCAUUUUGACUUGCUUCUUCAUGCAAAACCUGAGUAACGUCUUAAUAACAUUAAUGUUGUAUGGUGGCAGACAUCUGACAUCUCCAUAAUUGCAUUUUGUGCUCACGAAGAGAUGCCAACAUGUUGAUAUCACCAACAAAAACCUAUUGAUCAAAAGUGCGAAAACGUAUUGAUGGAAAGGGCGUAAAAGUAGAGUGACCUUUCCGUUUUCAGGAAUAUCUCUGAUACAUUUCAGACGCGACCGUGCAAACAUGCAUGCCUCAUCCUAUGGCAAAAUACACUGCGCAGUAGAUUGUAAAAGUAGAGCUCAAAUGGAAUUUUUGUUUCACGAAGAGAUGGGCAUCUUUUGAAACUGUUUAAAUAUAUUCCUAAACUACAAGAUCUUGAUGGUAUAUAGUGAAAACAGCGUUGAAAAUAAAGCUCAAGUUAAGAAAUAGCCGCCAUUUACAGAAAAGGUUUAAAACUAGUUUGUCCAAGUGUAUGGCAGUUAUGUAAUAUAAUGUAGAUUGAAUUUACAUUAUUGCAGUUCUUUGUGCGUCGACCAUAUCUCAUAGACUUGUGUGUGUUCAAACUGAUUUUGACCAUCUUUCUUUAAACCAUCGCCAUUUCUUUAUCAAGGCUUUAUUUUCAGUGUCAUUUUCACCAUAUACCACGAAGAUGCCGUAUUUUAGGAAUAUCUUAAAUCAAUUUUAACAUGUUUCCCCAAUUCCGAGAAAUCUGCCCCUGAAAAAUGUAAAAAUGUUUUUUUUGUACCGCCCUGAAGUUUCUGGUAUUGGGUCUCAACGUGUGACCUCUUAGUCUUUUGCUCACUUGAGUUAACACUGUAGGCCAUCAGCCUGGGGGUUUGGUCGGUAUUAAAUGAGGGGAAUAAUGCUCAUUGUGAUUUUUGGCA